AACAGUUCAGACCAGUUUGCUGUUUCGCGUAGCAGACUUUUUUCUUCAUUUCGUUUAUUUUAAUAUGUUUCUUCAACUCGGUUGUGUUUUAAUUUUGAUCCUUGAAUCAUUCAGUGCAAUUUGUGCUAAAAUAUGUUUCAGUUACGCUAUGAGAAAAUGGUAUAAUUCAGAAACAAUAUAGACAUUUUUCCGUGGGAGAGUUGGAUGAAGGAAUUCGGGACACCCAUUCAUAGAAAUUACCACUGAGAUGCCCACAGGUAGAAAAGAGAUAACAGUUCUACCGAUCUACUGAAUCGUUUAUGUGUAACGUUUGUGUUGGUGAUCACAGUUGAACAAAAUAUUUGCGUGUAAUGUAAUUAUCAAGAGGAUCUGAAUAAGUUCAACCCUCGCUGGUCUAUCACCAGUAUGAUGAAUGAAUUGUGAUUUUAACAUACCGAUUAAUUCACAUUCUGUAAAAGAAAAAUGUACCACGGAAAUCUAAUGAUCGUGAUGCUACUCGAUCUUUUGAAUGCAGCUAUACAUGUGGUUUAAUUAUUCUACCGUACGUACCGUGAAAGUUUAUAUUAUCACUCAUCAAUCAUUUCUAAGGAGUAAAAAAAAAAUGAGUCCAAACUAUUACAGAAGCAGCAAUAACGAGGUUAUAUCUUAAAAAGAGUAUCGAACCAAACGAUUAAUGUUGAUAUAUUCAUCAAGUCCAACUACCAUAAAUGCAUCAAACUUCUCAACGAAAAAUAUAUAAUGGAUGGUUUAUAUAUAUCAGCGAACUUGCUGCUAUCAAUGUGAAAGAUUCAAUAGCAUGAGUAGUGUUAUAAUAACUCAAUCUAAAAAAAGUGAAUUAGUGGGACCUUACGAAAACAGAACUACUGCGCCUUGUGCUUGAGUAUAUAUUGGUAUAUGAAAUAGUGUUCGAUAUUGGAAGUGAGCGCAAAGUGUAUUAAUUAUAACAUGUGAGUUUUGAUAGAAGGUCGUUUUUUAAACCUAACGUCAUGCUUUCUAAUUUUGAAUGAUUGCAAAGACAAUUCGCGAAAACAACAUCAAUAUUUGGUGCGCAAUGUGAAUCUAUCGAAAAUUUUCAAAAGAGUGGAUCCUCACGUAACAACAUGGGUGAUGCUAAGGUUAAGUCGUCGUACUUUGGCAAUCAGACCCAUCAACAGGCGAGCACUUCGAAAACAAUAUCUAGCUCUGCGGUUACUGAAGUGGUUGAUCAACAGAAGGCUUGUUCCUCCAAUUUGAAAAGUGUAGAUAAAUAUGAUGCAGCUGCAAAAAACUCUAACAAAUAUGAGCAGCUUAAAAUUCGUAAAGCAGAGUUGGAAAAAAGGCUCAACGAGAAAUAUGCACAGCUUCAACAAGUUAAGCGAGAAGAGGCUCAGCUCAUCGGAAUGUAUCCAAGUGAUUUCAGCGCUGGCGUUGGAAGUCAGGAUCAGAACGGAGCAGCACCCACCCUAAGACGCAAAAUAGGGACUAGUUUCAAGCUACCGGAAAAUUUAUUGAAUAAUAAAGAGGAUGAUAUUAAUAAAUUACUUUUGGAGAAGCAGAUUCAACAACAAAUAUCUGAAGCAUCACUUCGACUGGCCAACGAUACAUCUCAGCCUAAAUCAGUUAGAAGGACACACAAACAAACUUUUGAAAAUGCACAACAAAAGCUAUUAGCAAUCAAUCAAAAUUUAAGCGUUUUGAAAAAACGCCAGCAAGCUGCUGAACAAAAGAAGCCUCCUGCCACACGGGACGAUAUCGAUCUCCAUAAAUGCAAUAAUACAAGUCGUUUUCGGUCAAAUAGUAACAGCAGUAGCAUGAUGAUGAUGAGUACGUCCGAACGCAGAAAUUCUGUCAAAUCCAACACAUCUUCCAAUCAUUCCUUCAGCAUAAAUAGUUCAGUUAGUUCUGCCUCUAAGCAACAACAGUUGAUGGUACAGAUUCCAGGACAUCAAUCGGGACAUUAUCACUCUCAACAGAUCUCACCGUACUCCAUUCAUUCAGGGAUGCUUUGUGUCAUGCCUUCGGGUUCUCAAAGCAUGACUCCAGCUGCAUCAGCUGCGAUGGUCUCCCAAUUAAGUAUGCUACGAAAUCGAGUUCGUCACGAUAGCAUCAGCGGUAUCAUGAACUAUGAUUUUUCUUCAACAGCAUCUGAUGCUUCCAAAAUGUCCCCCAUUAGUAAUAGUACUGGACAUCAUCACCAUACUCAUGCGCAUCAACAUUUCCAACAGCAACUGCAACAUCCAUCCCUAUCUCCACAGAGUGGGCCUAGUCGAUUGAACAAACUAGUUCAUCAUCAAAUGCAUAGUUACAGUCCUCCUCCAGGACAUGGUGGAAGUACUGGAUACGUAAUAUCUUCUCCUACAAGUGCAUCUUCCGCUAAUGUUGAGCAGGCAUUCAUUUAUGACACAAAAACAGUGUCAAGACUACAGCCACCACCUCCACCUCUGCCACCACCAGCUCCAAUAUUAUUGAGAAAUUCAACUUACAGUCCAGGCAGUAGCUUUGAAAAUCAACAAGAAACAAACACAGGUCUUGGAGGCUAUUGGAUGAUGUUGGAAACAGGAGAAAAAGUUUGGUGUUCUGUAGAUAACCGCUUCGCAAGUUUAGACCGUAAGCAAGCUGGUGGUAGUAUGAAACUAUCUCGUUCAAAGCUUAGUCAAUACCCUCAUACAGUGCCCACGAAGAGCAAUUCAAUGGGAAAUUUCGACUUCCUCAAUAAGCAACAUCAGCAACAAAUAGACGACUCGCUUCAUCAAGAUACAAUAUCCGUUACUUCAGGUUCUAGCGAGCAUAAAAGGCGAGAAAAAGUUUGGCGGGAAACUUCACUGGACAGUCCGGUGGUGAAAAAUAAAACAUCCAUCUCGCCUCCGUCCUCGUCGAUGUCAAAUGUACCACUGCUUCCUGCAUAUCCUCAGCCACCUCCUCCACCACAGAUGAAAUCAUCAGUUCAAACUCCAUUGCAUAUCAACGUUGAAGGCAAUUAUGUAAUGACAGCUUCAUCACCUUUGCUGCUAUCACCACAACAAAUGCGUUAUUAUCAACAAAAACAGCAGCAAAUUCUAGAGCAUCAACGACAGCAGCGUCUAAGAAUCAAACAACUAGAAGAACAGAAACAGCAAGCAUAUCUUCGAGAACAACAACAAAGUCAACAACAACUUUUACAGAAAAAGUUGCUAAGUUCUCCACCGCAACCACCAAAACAUCGAAACCAUUGUACGCAGUCCCCCAUCGCACCUAACCAACAGCAAUUGGAUUUGUUGCCACGGUCGUCUCAAUAUUACGAUUUUGAGAAUCAUAAACUUCCUCCGCACUAUUAUCAGUGUCAAGAACUUCCAUCUCAAAGCAAUCUUUCAUCGCGUCAUCCCGACCUUCUUAUUUCCCCGACGCUUUCGGCGUCAUCUUCCAACACUCUUACAUCUCCAACUCUGCGGCAUCAAUCUUCCAUAUCACCAACUCCUUCUAUAUUAACGACCACCUCGGCGGGAGCCACAAUUCACCCAACACCGGAUAUUCAAACUGAAUCACCAAAAAAUGUAACCGUCGUCCAGCAGGGCAAAAUACAACCGUAUAAGGAAGUUACCAAACCGUUCGAGAUGUCUGAUUUUUAUAAAUACUCAACUAAGUAUCGACAAAAACAGCAGCAGCAACUUCAACAACAGGGUCAAUUUAGUCCCAACGCAGGCGGUUGUGAAAGCUCUUCUGGUUCAGGCACAAGCAGAGAAGUGAUACAAAAGACUAUAUAUCAGCCACCGAAUCCGUCGAUUUGUCAACCUAUCAACUACAACUAAGUUUUUAAUCUACGUUUGACGAUAUGAUGGAGUAUUCUACGUUCAUUUACUUUGUUUCUAGAACUGUGAAUUUCAGAACAAUCCGGAGUAGCUUUAUACUUGUUUCAUUGUUAUUUCACUUCAAAAUUUGAAGUUCAAAUUAAAUUAUCAUAGUCCGAAUUUAUUCGUGAAAUGUUUUUGUAAACUGUAUUUCUAAGGGUGAGUCGUAAUGGAUGUCCUUAAUUUUGAAUGACUAACAGCUAAUAGCAAUUUUUUUUAAUCGUUAAAUUACAAAUCAAAAGAUUACAAAUUUGAGAAGAAGCAUAAAAACCCGAUCUGCAUGAACUCAAUAAAUACAAUACGUAUCAAGAUAAUUAUUAUAGCCGAAAUUGGGAAUUAUUAAAAACUGCUGCCAUAUAAUAUUUCGAAUCAUUUUUUAAUUGAAAUCAAAACAUUCAUUGUAUUGCAUGCUCUAUAAAUUUCGGAAAAAAAACUAUAAGUAAAUAGGGUAACGGGGUAAUUAAUCUUAGCUCCAGUAGUCAUUUCAUAUCAGUUGUUCUUCAAAGGGCGAAUCCUACAAAAGUUAACAAAUCGAGUUUCUCUUUCCUACGACUAAAUGCUUCAAAAUCCUACAAUUUUACCUAAAAAUCUCAAACCAUCCCUAUAGGGCGAAACUGUCAUUACAUUUGUUCACGUAAGCUACGACCUCUCAGUUCGAUUUCAAAAAAAAAGGGCGAUACUUCAACUGCUUGAAAGAAAGGGUGAAACUAUUUAUUUUCGUUAUUUUAGAUAGUUUCCAAUAUUCUUAUCACUAGAAAUUGUAAAAAGCGGCCCUUACACGAUUAUUAAAAGUUCCAUUACUAAAAUUUUCAUAGUCAUUGAAUGAACGGGUGAGGGGAGCAGUAAUGAUGAAUUUUCCAUACAUACGGUUUUGUUUCUUAGAGCCGAAGCAAAGAGAUUGCACUCGUUUUUUUUACGAUUGAUUGAAAGUCGAGUAAUCGGUAAAAUACUAUGGUGAUACUCCUAAUGAUAUGACUAUUGGUACAUAUUUAUAUGUAUUGAGUUUAUUUAUAUUUAAAAAUUGUUAGACCAUACACGCAAGUCAAGAAAGUCCAAGAACACUCAGCGGAAAUAAUAAACACACAGCUAUUGAUUUUCGUUGGCAAGAUUAAGGCGCGUACACAUAACAAGGUGAACAUUUCAUAAAGCCACAUCAACCAAUGAGAGUUUCUCUUUGUUUACUUUCUCUUCUGUUGAUAACUCUUUAAUUUUCACGUUUACUUACAAAAUAUUCGUGUAGAAUGAAAGACAAUAUUUCCAUUGUUUUAACAAUACCAGAUAUGUAACGAAUAUUUGUGUAAUAACGCAGAUAUAGUCGAUAGAGAAAGUAAACAAAUAGAUUCUGUCAAUGGCUUUAAGGCCAUAUUGAAAUGUUUACGUCGAUAUGUACACAUCGAGAGAGAUGUCAUGCUAAAAACACAUUUUUGUUUUCUAUCGCUCAUACUUAGAAACUAAUUUGAUUAUUAUGUAGCCGAAUUAAUCGAAUGUAUACUGACAAUUGGUUUCUAUGUAUGAAAUGUAUUACAUUUCAGCAAUUUAUUUUUGAAUGCGCUAUAAUUCUACUUAAGAUCAGCUAACAUCUUUCAACAAUCAUGUUCCAAGUGUGAACCAUUUAAAUUUUGUCUAAAAUCUACCUCUGAUAGGAGAAGAACAAGUCCAGUUUUAAAGUGUAUGAGAAAAUUGACUGAACUUUUGAAAAAUUUUCACUGAGCAGCAAUUGAUACUUCGAGGCCCUUCUAGAGUCCAUGCAAUCAAACUAGAGAUGGGCAAUUCGCUCCUGAGCUGUUCCAGUGAAUCGAAUCAUUGAAGUGAGCUGACUGCUCACAGCUCUUUUCAAAAGAACCGCAGCUCACCAGCUCACUCAUUUGCUACCCAGUUCACUGCACUAUGACGAAGGGAACACGCUACGAGCUGAUCGGAUCUUCGGCUCUUUAAGAGAUUCAAUUUAGUCGACAUCAAUUAAAGAUAAGUUAAUUCGCAUUGCAUUCAUUGCAUCAUUGCAAAUCAAUGAUUCAAUUUCGAUCAUGCAUAUGAAAGAAAACCGGUGCAUAAGAAAAACGGCGCACAAAAUGAACCUUAAGUUUAAACUAAAAGAGCUGAUGAGCUGAUACAUCGAAUCGAUUCACUUUGGUGAGCUGAUCGGUUCGGAGCUGUUCACCAAAAUGAGCUGUUUUGCACACCUCUAAAUCAAACACAUUGUUGGUUUUUGUUGAUUGCUAAUGUGGCGUUUACACUAUUGCUGGUUACCAGCAUGCUGACGUGCCAGCAGAUGGCAAUGUUUUCAGUAUUGCUGGUAAUUUCUUGCUGCCAAAGUUUGUAAAAUUUAUGAAAAGCAAUGAAAUGUAUCCCUUAGGAGCAUAUUCAGUAGUGUUCUAGAUGCAUAGUUAUGUCAGUUACAAAAUAGUUUAUGUCAGUUACAAAAUUUAAAUCUUGAUUUUAUAACAAAAUUUAAAUCUUGAUUGUAUAACUGGGAGCCCCAGCAGUGUUUUACUCGUGUUUGGAAUAUACAAAAAAUAGAACGGCAUCGUAGACCAGUUUUAAACUUGACAGAAGUACUGGUCGAAUAAAUAAAACUAGAACGGCACUUUAGGGCAUAUUCAGGAGUGUUCUAGUUCUAGAUGCAUAAUUUAUGUCAGUUUUAAAAUUUAAAUCUAGAAAUUAUAACAAAAUAAACUGGCAGCCCCAGCAGCGUUUUAUCUGUGUUUCAAAUAUAGAAAAAAUAGAACGGCAAUGUAUACUAGUUUUAAAUUUGACAGUAGAACUGGUCGAAUAAAUAAAACUAAAACGGAUUGCUGGGGAUACGUUUGUUUCAGUUUCAUUUACAUUAUAGACCACCCAUAUGAAUCUUGCAGCUGCUGAAUGUGCUCUUACGCGAACGAAUGUUUUUAACUGAGAAAAGCAUGAAAUACGUACGAGAAGUACAAUAUUAUUCCGUCACCAUCUUGAAUUUUCUCACCAGCAUGAAAUUUAGAACGCUUAGAAAUUUUCAUGCUGACAACAACCAAAAGCUGGAAAGCGUCAGAGAUGCCAGGUCUGCAGAUUUGUCUGUAAAUCUGCAGAUUUGGUGUAUAGUGCUGCAGACAUUUUUUGUUGUGCAGACUUUUACAGACUUUUGAAAUUCUCGCAGAGUUUUGCAGAUUUUUGAAAUUCUCACAGACUUUCGUCUAUAUUUACAGACUUUUGAAGUUUCCCGGCCUUUUUUUUUUUGCUCGCCAAGUCAGUUUUUCGUGUUACUUUAUAGAGAAAUUGCUGCCAGCAAGACAAGCCCAACUGCUGGUGCUGUCCUUAUUAUGUAUUCGAAGGCAGGUGGAUUCGCAUUUUGGUUAAGUUCAGCUCACUGGCGUACCGAAAAUAUUUGGCGCCCAGGGCAAAAUAAAAGAUUUUCCGCCCCAAUCGUUGGUUUUGUGAAGCUGAACUCUAUCUCUGGAAAGGUCACUUAGGCGAGGAUUAGUUUGCCGCCCCUAAAAACGUUGCGCCCAGACGAGUGUCCCCUUCGAGCUCUUCCCCUCCCCUAGAUUUUUUUUCUUCAUUUCAGGUGGUUUCCGAGCCUUUUACCACUGGAAAUAGUAAAUGAGACGAUUAAAUUACUCGCAGAUUUGUCUUAGUCGCGAAAACCAGCCAAUUUCAUGAAAAAUGGGCAAGGGCGUAUCUUUAUAAUUCACACGGGAAGCAUAAAAGUAAACAAAUCGAAAAGGGCGAAACUCUUUUUAUGUUGAUUUAUUCAGUGGAUAUAGAUAGAAAGUGGUAAAAUUUGCAUCCCUUUUGAAGAUAAACUAACAAUUCAUCGACUAAUCAGAAAUUGAUCUGAGAAUAUCCGAUAAUUUCUAAAUAAGGUUUUUCUCCACUUACUGUCAGUGUUAGAUUCGCAGUUCUUUGAAAAACAGCUGAAAUAUAGUUGGGUUUGGCUUCAAAUGAAAAUGAUUCAAGUGAACGUAAAUUCGUCCUUCAAUAUCUAAACAAAACAGCAGCAGCAGUGAAAUGAAGACAAACACGAGUCCUAACUGCAAAUGAAAGUUUUUCUGUGUUUAGUUACUCUUUCGAAUGUUACGGUCCUACCGGUAAUCCAUCUCUUUAACUCUUUACACAGAAUAACUACUCAACCCAUCGACUUUCGAUCUGUAGUUAAGAAAUUGUUGGAAAAUAAAAGAAUAUGCCGUAACAACAAAAAAGAGUAAGUAAACAAAGAAAAUCUGUUAUUUGCACUUGGGACCUUUUUUAAUGUUUAUCGAGAAAUAAGACAUCAUGUUUAGUUGGAUUUAUACACAAAAACUUUAAGCUUGUGAAAAAGCGAUUUUUUCAACACUUCAGCAUGAUUGUAUGAACAAAAUAUAGAUUGAAUCAUAUUAGAAUAUUUAAAACAAGGAAAUAAUACAGAAGAAUUCAUGAAAUUGAUUCUUGGUUAUGAAAAAAAUGCAAUAAGCGAAAGUUUUUGACUCUGAAACUGUUAAUGGCAUUAUACACCAUGAACGUACGGCCUUUUUCUACCCACUGAGACUCUAAUAAUGUUUAAUGCAUUGUAGAAAAAAAUCUAAUGAAUAUGAGACUUACCUAACCAUUAGCCAAAAUAGCUAUACUGACCGAUUGCAUUUAUUUAGAAGCAAGGCAAACAAUUUACAGCAUGAAAAAAAAUUUCCAAGAAGAAGACUGCUGAUUAAAAUGUAUAUAGAUAACAUUGAACUAUUAUCAGACUGGUUUUGAUUUUUUUUGUAACAAUAUAUGCAUAAAAUCAUAAAAUCAUAAUUAAUUAGAGAUAUAAAUUAGUAAACCAUUAAGACUUUGUGAAUUUUGUGAAAAAAAUUAACUUGGUUUUCCAAGUAGAUCUUACUUAGCCUAGAAAAUUAAUUUACGAGCAAAGAGCAAACAUGUUUUAUAAAACAAAAUGUACCUUGAUAAUUUGUAGGUUGUUAUACGUAUAAUAAUAACAAUUAUUUUACAUUUAUGAUACAUUUGCAAAAUUAGAAACUAAUAAGAAAAUAUAUGGAACUGCAUCCAUGAAUGCAUAUAUAAUAUGUUGGUAAGGUCUUUUUGCGGUGAUUAGCUGUAUUAUAUAGCAAAUAUUGGACUGGAUAAAUGUACACACAAAAAGAGUGUUUGGAAGUAGAAGCCUAUUCCACAUGUUCAAUGAGCACAGUGUACUGUUCUGUAAAGUUGGGUACAUACAUGGAAAUAUCAAACCAUAAAUAAAACAAUCAAAAUAGUGUAACUAAUUUGACGUUAUUAUUUCCUUACGAUUUUGUUUUUUUAUAAGUACACUAGAACGUUAUCAGAGCUAAUCAAGUCUAACCCAUGACAAUGGAGAACAAUAUUGAUUUACAUGAAAUACAGCCCAGUUUAUGCCCUUCGACAAUAAAUUCAAAACCAAUAUCUAACCACUUUGAUUCGUUCUUCUACAUGUUUGUUCACACUACUAGCCUGGACUGUUGCUAAAAUGUACUCUUCAAACAAUCUAAAUCCUGUGUUUUGAACAUGUUCAAUUAUGAGGUUAUUUGACAGUCGGAAGUCGGAGAUCUUCUUGCCGCUCCUACGCACUAUUGUUAUUGUCAUUGGAUAAAUAUUGUAAACAGCUUUAGUACUUGUAUAUCACGUUGUUCUAUAACUCGACGUCUUCAGGUAACACAUUUCGUUUAUUUGAUCUUCUUAUUUCAAAUCAUUGUUGUAUGAAAGACUCAAACUCAUUCUAAAGCGACGGUUGUCAAAUAGCAUGCUAGAACAACAUCGCUCCGUAUAGUUUGUAACGCUGUCUUCGGUAGACUAUUAGGUUUUUUUUAUCGUCAUAGCUAACCUCAACAUCUUUUGUCAGAAAACGAUGGUUGGUGGAAUUCCAAUAACACGUAUUCAAAUUCGAAGGAUCACAUCAACAUCUCACUGUUAGUUAUGAAAUAUUUUUUAAUCGGCGAAAUAUGAGAGGUUAUGUCAUGUUCGUGUAAAACCUAAUUACCAUAUCAUCCAUUGUAUUCUUUGUAAUUCCACAACAUUUCUGUGUCAAUAAACCACCGAUAGCUGUUAGUGAUGAACGUGACCCAUCGGCAGUUUAUUUGUGUCGUUUACUUUUUCCUAAUUUUCAUGAUUAUCUUACCGUGUGCUCCUUCGUGUAAUGCAAAGGAACCGCUUCAAGUUAUGUGAGUAGAUUAGAGUUCGUAUUCCCUGUGAGCUGGUUGUUUUGGAUGUUUCGAAUUGCUCAUAUUGAUAUUUUUUUCAUAGUUCAAAGUCGCUUUGAGGUAUGAAAAAUUCAGAAAUUUUUAUUACUAUUGGAGAAUUAUUUUUUUAAAUGCUUUAUUAUAAUUAUUACUGAAGAACAUUAACGUGAAAACGAUUAAAAAUAUUCCAAAACUAUUUAUGUCUUAGUAUAUCUUUGGGUGCGCUUAAAUUUGACUGUUCAAGCAAUGUCAGGUUAAAAUAGUGAAGAAAGUAAAAACACUUAGAAUAUGGAUUGUAUUGUGUUGGUGAGUUGUGUGAAUUCCCUUUUAAUAAUUUAACUGACUCUAUUUUUUAAUAAGCAUUUUGGGAAUUGAUCAUAGAACCCAAUUUCCAAGUAUCUAUUCUAGAGUUUUUGUGUCUAUUUAGUUUAGACUAUUUUGCAUCGAUACAUGAAAAUAUAGGAUAGCAUGUGUGAAAACAAGCUUUAUUUUGUACUGGUUAAUUUGUUCUAAGAUAUAUUCACGAAGUAAGCUAAUAAAUAGGGAUGAACAAUAUAUCUAUAAAUCGGGAUUAUUACUAUAUA